UCCUUCUUUCCGGUGUGGCUCGUUGAAUCGGUCAGACAAAAUGGCUGCACAUAAAUCGUUCAGAAUAAAGCAGAAAUUGGCUAAAAAGCUGAAGCAGAACAGAUCGGUUCCGCAAUGGGUUCGCCUACGUACUGGCAACACAAUCCGGUACAACGCUAAGCGUCGUCACUGGAGGCGCACCAAGUUGAAGCUGUAAGCAGCUGAUGUAGACGCAUUUAAUCCUGUGGAAAUGCUAAAUAUCUUUUCAAGAAUAUAAAAUAAAGAUUCGUUACCGAAGUUCGGAUUAAA